GGCCUCUUCUCCUGGUAACAGUGACAGGAUGAGUUUCUCCAGGGGAGGAUCGAGUUGGAUAUUAGGAGGAACUUCUCCACAGCAGUGGUCAUCGGCACAGCUGCUCAGGGGAAUGGUGGGGUCACCAUCCCUGGAGCUGUUCAGGAAAUGUGGAGACUGAGGGAUACACUCAGUGGGCAACAUCGGUGGUAGGAGGACAGUUGGACUAGGUGAUCUUGAAGGUCUUUUCCACCUUAAUGAUUCUAUGAUUUCCCCGGACGUGGACUGAAAAGCUGAGAGCUCUGCUAUGCAUCAGUCCUUGGUUGCUGGAAUUGCACACAGAAAAUAACACAGGUACGUGUAUGGGCUGCAACACUUGUUAUCCCACGCAGAGCUCUGCCAUUUCUGCGUCCCCAGCAGCGCCGUGCUCUGCUCUGAAGGCAGCUCGGCAUGCGGUGCAGCAGGGCAAUGCUGGAGCAGAGCUGCUGGGAGUGACCUCACACGCUGCUGCUUCACACAAGGUUGUCCCCCUGUCCUCGGAACACAACAGCGGGCUGAAGCACUCACAGUCAAUGUUAGUUGGCAGCCAUCGGAAAACAACUUCUUCGGGGUCUGUGAACGUCCCCUUUCGGGGCAGAGCACCAGCCCGAGGUAACGCUGAUACGGUUCCCUCCAUUGUUUCUUUUCCAACUGAAUUCAGCUGAACAAAGCCUCCUGCAUAAGCUGUGCUUCGGGAUGCAUCACUCGGCGUCCUUCUCCUCUCCAGCCCUUCCUCAGCUGCUCCAUGCGAGGCGAUGCCAGCGCAGCUCGGCGCGUCCAUCCCGUCACACACGGCACCGAGCGGGGGGACAGCGGCGGGCAGUGGGACGGCAUCACCCGGGUUCUGCAAGCUGUCAUUCACCCGGCACGGGGAAUUAUUUGUGCUGUUGAUUUAAAUGGCAAAGCGAACAGCUUCACUGCUCAGAAGCUGAAAUCUGCAGAGCCCAGGAGGGAGGCACCUCCAAAACAGCCCUCACUUAGCAACGAGCCCAGCUCUUGUGCUGUGUGCGGCUUAACUGCAAUAGCUUUUACUCUCUUUGACCUUCGGGGUGGCUUUAUUCCCUGGAUUUCCCAGGGCAACGAACACACACGGCUCCACAAGGCAGCGCUGCAGGCGCAGAACGCGAAAUGGCGGCCUGCGAACCCCCGCCUCUCUGUGCAUGGCCACGCCCACUCCUCGCAAAGCCACGCCCACUCUUCGCGUAGCCACGCCCCAACGCUCCCUUCGCGUUGUCGUUACGUCAGCAGCGCAGUAUCCAUAGCAACACCGCCGACGCUGCGCAACUUGCGGCCUCCCGCCAUGGCCGCGCUGGCCGACCCGCAGCAGGAGGAGGAAUUCCAGCGCUUCCUCCGCCGCGUGGACGACAUCAGCCGCCUGGUGCAGGGCUUGAGCUCUGAAGACGUCGCUGUCCGGGACGGAGCGAUCGCCGAGGCGGACCGACGGCUCCGGGAGCAGCGGGGCAGCGAGCAGAGCGCGGCCGGGGCGGACAGGACGGCCAUCAGCACCCGCCGUCCCGCACGGGAUUCUGUGAACAUAGAGGCAGUGCACACAGAGGGCUUCCUGGCUGCUUUGGAGAAGGAUGCAAAAGAACGAGCUAAACGAAGGAAGAGAAAUGAACGCUUAGCAAAUGCUCUGAAGGAGAAGGGAAACGAUGCCUUCAGGAAAGGGGACUACAACACAGCUGCCCAGAGAUACACUGAUGGCCUGCAGAUACUGAAGGACGUGCCGGAGCUGUACACCAACAGAGCACAGGCCUACCUGAAGAUGCAUGAAUAUGGAAAAGCCAUUGGUGACUGUGAGUGGGCGCUAAAGUGCAGUGCAAAAUGCAUUAAAGCCUAUUUUCUAAUGGGGAAAGCUCACCUGGCGCUUAAGCACUACGAUGAGUCCAGGCAGUGCUACCAGAAGCUCUUACAGCUUGAUCCCCAAAAGGAAAGUUUAUUUAAAGAUUGCAUGAAUGAGGUUAACUUGGAGGAAAAAAGAAUGCAAGAGGAAGACAGAGCAAUGAAAGCAUUUCAGUCUGGAAAACAUGCAGCUCUGUCUAUAAAUGAUCUGCUGCAGAAACUCAACAGGCCAGACCAGAAUAUCCUCUACUAUACGGGAGGGAUCCAUGUUCUGACAGGAGCUGUGAAGGAGUGCACUGAGCAAACUUUAUUUAGAACAAACAAUGGGUUCAGUAUCAUCAAUGACAACGAGGUCAUCAGACGGGGCUUCUGUGCAGAAAGAAAGAGCACUGCUGAAGUGGAUCUGUGUGUUUCUCUUCUCUCCCUUUGGCAAGCUGUCUGCGCUGGGAAUGAAGAAAAUCAGCGGCUGCUGUUGACUCACCCUGAUGUGAAUGCACAGCUGUUGGAAUUGCUGUGUUCUGGUGUAUUGGAGAUCCAAAAGGAGACGCUGGCACUCAUUGCUCUCUAUUCAGAGAAUGAGAAUGGGAGGAGACUGUUGGUCAGGCACCAGGACCUAUCCAGAUGGCUGCAGAUAUUGGUGAUGUUCGUCAACAGCACUGAUGCCAGAGCUAGCAGUGCCAUGAGUAUACUGUCGGAUUUAAUUCAAGAGGAAAAGUUCAAAGCACAGUGUCGCCUCACAUUUUCCACAUCUGUUUUACCACUGUUCACCCAACUGCUGGCCUCAGCCAAGCUGGUGGACCAAGCAGCCCUCUCACGUUGCAUUGGCAUCAUGGGGAACCUGUGUGCAGAUGCAGCCAUCCGAGUGCAGAUGGCAGAGUGCAACGAGUGCUGGCAAGCCUGCUUACAGCUGGUGGAUGGAUGUGCUGAUGUUGACACACCCAAAUAUCGGGAGUGUGUGUUUGCAGUGCUGGGCCUCAUGAUGAACCUACUGCUUGAAUCAAACUCCAUCAUCCAGUGCCUUGCUGUGGACAUACCUGGCAGAUGCAUGUCCCUCCUCAGAGACCAGGAUGGAAGAACUGUGACAAGAGCCAUUGGAGUGCUGAGUCGCAUCCUGGCAGCAUCCUCACUGGCAGUAGAAGAAGCAGUGAAAGGAGGAGUGGUGAAGAAAAUGAUCAAAUUCUUGAAGGCUGGAGGACAGACCACAUCCAGUUACGCUAUAAAGACUCUUUCCAUCUGCACAAGAAGUAGCAGACAAGCCCAGGAAGAGGUGGUGAAGUCAGAUAAGAAGUUUGGCGUGCUGUUGAAGCUCUUGGACUCAGAAAAUGAAAUGAUUGUGGGAAAUGCUGCUUUCUGCCUUGGGCAGUGCCUCGUUGUUCCUGGAGCAGCAGCAUCCUUACUGAAUUCCAACAUUGUGAUGGCUCUGUUGAAACACGCUGGUGGUGAUGCUGCAAGAACUUCAGUGCAGGAGAAUGCAGCAAUUGCUCUGGGGAAGCUGUGUGUUGCAGAACCAAGGCAUAUUUUUCAACUGCGGGAGCUCAAUGGCAUGGCCAUCCUCAACUCCUCUAUGAAAUAUGUGCACAGCUCCUGACGUCCCCCAGAGAGCUUUGAUAAAUGCUGUUCAUAUCCCUUGCUGUUCCAUGUUUUCUUCUUUUCUUAAUAAAGCUCAUUCAGAGCAGAUAACCUUU